AUGCCAUACUCCUACAGCACUGCGGCGACAAUGGACCAAAAGAUAAUGACUAAGAGCACAGAAAAGACAAGGCUGAGCAUGAUUGUGGUCCUCAAACUGCCAGUCCGCCCGUCGCAGCUCGAGAUGAUCAACACAUGGGCCCGUGAAACUGGCAUCUGGUACAAGCGUACCAAACUCGGCGAGUCCAGCGACCACACGUUCCGCAUAAUCAACGUAAGCCCACCGAAAGACGGAGAGGCCGAAUACAAACUAUUAUUGCUGGGUCAGACAACACAAUACAGUACGUGGGCCUUUCUCAGACCACUGGACAGAAUGGAAAACAGGUCGGCCGAGGUAGCUUUCCUCAACAAGUAUUUUCAUGACUCCACUCAGCAAGUCCAUGAACUCAAAGAUCUCGCGCUCAUGUACCCGUUCCGCGUCUUCAAGAAGACUGGCGUAACAGAGAGCUUACGCUGGCUCAAGUAUCUCAUCUUAUACAUCUUCCUGGACGCAGGGCUGGCAACAAAUGUGUUCUCAGAGAACUUGGAGACUACAAAGGCCAACCUUGCAUCCGUAUUUGAUUGCAUCAGCAAGAUCUACGAUGCUAAAGGCGGUACUGAUGCGAUACCUGACGUUCAUCCAUUCCUGCCAAUGAUGGUUAUCGACGAUGACCAGGAUACAGAUGAUGAGCAGCCCAUGUCGACAUACCAGCAAAGUGACAAGACUGAGGAGGAGAUAACUGACUUGGAUGCUGUCCCAACGAACAAGCGCAGACAGAGAAGAAUUUUCGAAGCCGAUGCCGAAAUCGAAGAGCCUUCACGGUCCAAGCCCAUAUCUUGCUUUUUGACUUUCGCAGGCCCCGGCGAUCAAAAUCAUCAGCCUCGCAGCGAGCCCGAGAUCUCCCGUGUUCUAGAUGACCCAUGUAUCCCCCAAGAGCACGACAAGACGACAUCCAUCCCCGAGCCUGUAGCCGGCACAAAGCGAAGGCCGUCUGAGCAAACAGAUUUUGACAUAUUCAAGGAGCUCAAAAGAAAGAAAGACGACGAGGAAAGCGAGCAGAAGAUUCUGGAGCGGCGACUAGCCGAACUAAAAGCGCUCCAGGAGCAGUUCAAGCAGGAAAUCAAGGAGUUGGCCAAGGGCAAGUCCAAGGAAGAGCUGAUAGAGUGGAUGCUAGCUUCGAUGUAUGAGCGUGACAUGGAUUUUGGUGGAGCGAUGGUAGAAACGCUUCGUGGAGGAGAAGGCGUUAAUUGA